AGAGUUUGUUGCUCUCGCUCUAUGCACAAUAAAGUCCACUUUGUCACUUUCACAUAAGGUUAGUGAUUCCUGAGUAAUGAAAUUAUCUGUGGUACAUCAUGUGCCCCUAAUAUAUUGCAGUGUUUUGUAUCCUGUGCUGUCUUUAUCUCUUCACAAGGAAUGGAAGGAAUGAAUAACACUUCACAAUCAAUGGGAGUUGGGCAACCUCACCAUCCAGUAAACCACACCAGACCAUUUUUCUAUGUUCAUCCACCAUCUCAGCCUUAUUACAUGUAUCAAUGGCCCAUGAAUCCCUAUGGACACUAUGGGUUUCCAGGGCCAGCAGCUUUGCAUUAUAGUCGGCCUUACAUGGCCCCUUAUCAGUUUAUGCAGUACCCUGGGUACGUGAUUCCACAUGCACCCGUGCAGCCAGUUGAUUACAGAAGAAUCAACCCUCACUUUCCCUCAGUUGCCUCGUAUGACUUGCGAGUCCGCCACCACUUUCAGCAUGCGGCUAUGCAGCGGGAAACCGCCUGUUCUGAAGUCCAAACCGAUCCGAGUGAUUCAGUCAACAAACUGAUGGACAAAAUUGAGAGUCUCAAGGUCUGUGAACAAAAAGCAGGUGACAAAGGGGCUAACGUGGUGGUCUCCUCUACCCCUGACGUGAUUCAGGGAGAGAAGCUGAUAUCUAUAAAUGAAGAGUCCAAGUUGGAACUUCCUUGUCAGGAAGGCAAGGAGGAACUGGUUAAUCAAGUCAGGCCCACAACCUACAGUGACUCUGCAUAUGAUGGUGAGUCUAGCCAGGGCAGACUGGAUGAAUGUGUGUUAUCAGAUGUCCUGCCUCUUGACAGUUCCUCAGUCCACGAGGAAGAGGAUGUUGUGGGAGAUGACCACCAACAGAGUGUUUCUGAUGAAACGUCCUGCCAAAAUGACAAGUCUCCAACCAGUACCACUGGCAAUGUGUUUUGUAGUGGUGUGAUGAGCACUACAGGUCCAACAGAGAGCCAUGAUUUUGAGAUACCUGACUUGCGUGGUGAUGCGCCCUCUGAUUUUGAGCAGGUACAGAAUAUUUCUUCUGAUGUAGCUGCGGCUGCAGAACCUCUGAUAAACUUGUCUGAAGAUUUUGAACUGCCUCAUCAAAUUCUCCGCCUGCCCUGCAACAAGGCAACAACUGGCCUCAGUCUUGAACGAGAGAUUGAUCCACUUGUGUACUUUGAGUCUCCUUCUACUCUGUCUGCGCAAAACUACUUGUCCGCCAUUGGCGGUGCAUAUUCUUUUAGCUACUACCCUCAAGUGGUCCAAGAGCGCCAGAGUGUUCUGAGUCCAUCCAUAGAUGAGCUCUCCUCGAGAGAUGAAAUAUUUUCUACCGAUGCAGAGGAUCUCGAGCUCAUUCCUGGACACGUGUAUGUGAGUGGAGGCAGACUGGCUGAAACCAGUGAGGUGCAGGUUCGCUCUCGAAAAGAGCUCUUGAGUGCAGAGAAACCUUGCUUUGUCUCCCAGAAAACAUGUGCCUGUUGUGGCUCGAGCUUGCAGGAUGAGGUACAAAUGUGCAAAUUGCCAGAACACUGCAGCCAUUCUGAACGUGACCUCGCCAAUGAAGUGUCUGAUCAAGAAUGUGAGUAUGCCAUUGAAGGAGAGGUUCGGAGUAAUUGUGAGUCUCCAAGGGUGUCCAAGAGGAAGGGUUGCAGCAGGCAUGCACUGCCCCUAUGUGGUCAUCACUGUGCCAAGCACAGACACAGAAAGUUGGUAUGUGAGGGACAGGAAAGCUGUGAGCUGCGUGAGCAGGUUCGGGUGCAUCCCAAAGGGGACUGCUGUGAGGAACAUGGCCCUCUGGCUAAAGCAGAUAAGAGAACUCCGAAGGGUUCCUUGUGCUGGCCUUGUAUUGAUCGACAAUGGCGAGAGGGUGUGCCUGACCAAGAGACCUGGGCAAGCUGUGGUGCAAAGCCAAGGUCCUGGAGGCAAGUUACUGGGUCUCAAGAUCAAGGGAGAACGCCAUUGAGAAGGCCUUGUAAGACUCUCCUCCAGCAGAGGCUAAGAAGUGAUUAUGAUAACUGUGAGACAGAUUUCACCUACUGCCAGAGGGGCAGAGGUGCUAUGAAGAAAAGGGGCACAAGAUACUAAACCAUUAUGCACUGCUGUAAUACUUAAAUGUAUUGUGUAAAAUGCACCAUGAAAUGUACACAUGGACACUGUUCUUUACUGUAUGUAACUGAAAACGUAUGACAGUGAUGUACACCUUGCUGCAUUUCCAACGCUCAAGUUCAUUUUCUAUUUUGAAUGCAAUUCAUUUUUGAAUGCAUUCAUCUUAAUCUAGACCUGGACUGCUCUCUUUGGACCAUGCCUUAUCUCAUGCCCGCAUGACCUCUUUCUGAUGUGGUGUAGCUCUUGCGCAUCAUCGUGAGAGCUCUGAAUGUUGAUAUGGUCAAGGAAUGGUCCACUGAGACCAGUUUCAAAUAUUGGGCACUGGAGAUGCAGCUGGUUAAGGGGUGAUGCAAAAAAAGGGAAAAGGGGAAGCUGUAAAAUAAAAUGGACAGUUUGGCUGCUCUUAGUCCAGAUGUCUUUUGUUUUUAUUACCAUGCCAUUUUUAUACAUUGCAGUGUAAUGUUGCUACAUGUAGCUGUACAGUGUUAUUGUGUCAUUAAAGUAUCAUUGC